AUGGCUACGACAGAGGACGACUACCACCUCGGCGACUCACAGUGUAUACUUACUAUUCAGCCCAGGACGGGGGAAUCCAAUGCCUUUCAUUUAAAGGUAGAGGAGGACGUUCCUGCCGAGCUUGAGGCCUUCGUCCGACUAUCACACUUUGAACUUUUCGAAAAAGCUAGACAGUGGUUUGACGGCUGCCUCCGUGAUCAUUUGGCCGAGUUCCCCGUCGCACUUGAGUAUGCGGAUAUGCUCCUGCGGCAGGGUUCAUACCGGGAAGUCCUCGCUCUUCACAGUCCGAACACUGCCGGUCUUCCAGAAGGCAAUGACAUAGACAGGCUUUGGGGGUUGCUUGGACACCUUGCCAAUAUGCAUUUAGGAGGUGCGGCAUCCGAUGCAUUGAAUGACGCCAUAGCAUGCUUCAACUAUCUAAGUUACCGACGUCUAGGUCAGGAUGGACACCCAAACGCGCUGGAGAUACAUAUGCUUGAGUUGUACCUGGAGAUUGCUGUGGUUGCUUACAGGACCUCCAAGUGGCGCGAGGUGAACUAUCAAUAUACAAAUCCUCCUUGGUGGAAGGCUUACUCACCAGCAUGGAGUGGAUUUGGUGACUGGUAUGCCCGGCUGCGAGGCCGCGGCUAUUUCUGGGAAGCACAGAGGAUCUUGAGCAUCCUCCUUCCCGUCCUCCCACUCAAUAACGCCAUUGGUAUGUUUAUGACGCGCUACACGUUUGACUACGUGGUGGAGAACAUCGACAACGGAUCCUUUGAUGAAACUUUGGUGCUUUCUGACUUGAUCUCUGCCAAUAAUAUGUGCAGAUACGUUCUGGAGCACUGUGAUGUACUUAAGCCCAGUGAUGGACGACGGCUAGAAGCUCUAGUCAAGCUUGCUGAAGCUUACUUGCAAAAUUCUCGGUCUUUAGCAGCAAUCCUAUACUGCGUAAGCAAGGGAGACGAUGAGGAGGCAUCUCCACCUGUCUUACAGGUUAAAACGUUGGAAAAAAGGCUCGAGCAUCUCAAGCAAGCGCGCCUGUCCAGUGAGAUACGUUCGGCUGAAGUUCAAUCGACGGUGCCCUCUUUUGCCGAUCCAGGUACCACCACGCCUUCGACUUCUGGGCCCAGCUAUACCCAGGGGUUGAAAGACGCUGCUGCUCAAUCAGUCUGGGAAACCCUUGCUCCCGUUAAGCCAGCCCCGCCUGGAUUCAGCCUCUACAACCCCAGCCAUAUUCGGCUGGAUGUUUUCAGCCAUCCCCCUACGCGGUACACCUGUGCAUCAGAGAAACCGUUUCCAGCUGCCCCCAGUACUACUAGUACGGCUAUGGUGCAGGGUGGACAGGGAGCCGUUUUACCGCGCUGGGCGAAGGGUCAAACGAUCAAUUUUGCUGCGCUGUCGAAUGGGUACCCACGACAGGAACUCGCUGUCAUCGCUGCCAACGCCUUAAGAGAUGCUGCAGAGGACUGGAACCAGCUUGAGCUUGGCGUCAACUUCAAUUGGGUUGAGAAGCUUGAGGAUGCCUCAUUCGUUCUCUGCUAUGCAGGAGACAAUGGUGAGAUACUCGCCCAGGCCUUCUUCCCAAAUGAGGAGAAACUGAGUCGUGUCAAUAUUUACUCGGCUGCGUUGAAACAGGGAACAGUAGAGUAUCUGAAGGAUAUCUUUUUGCAUCAGCUCGGCCACGUGUUGGGAUUCCGACACGAUUUUGCGCCAGUGGUUGAUGAGAACAACGGGAGCAUCCAGCUCGGACCUCGAGAUCCGCGUUCGGUUAUGGGGUUUGAGUUCCCGCCUCGGAUUCGGGCUAGUGAUAGAGAAAGUGCGAUAGCCUUCUAUAAGCUUUCUGGAACCUCGCUUGGAUGGAAAGAUUCGAACGAAGCACAGUCGUCUAGCAGUGCGAGACCAAGAAUCAAAGAUUGUAUCGCGAGAUGA